GUCUUCCGAUGAGGCUCGCUUGACUGAGACUGACUCCCUGAUCCUUAUCAUCUCAAGGCAUGAUGACCCAAUGUCAAUAUUGAUUUGAGAAGAUAAAGUUCUUCUCUGGUGAUUUAUGUGGGUGUUCGUGCUCCCGUCGUACUUGUACUUCUCCGUGGCAUGAAAGGAGUAAUGAAUCAUCAAAUACUACCUACCUACCUGUCUUCAGCAAUGAUACCGGCUCUGCAAAUAGCUCCUGUAGCUAUCUAUGCCUUAUCAAACGAAGAGGUUGGACUGCUAUGGACUGCUACACUUUGGAAUGCUAAAUCUCUAAUGUGCAUUAGCAUCACCCGUAAAGUGGCUCUGGAUGUCUUGAUCCGCUACUAAUAAAUCCGGGGUACGUAAACUUUACCUAGUAGUCCACCUGGUCUCCUGGUAUCCAAUUUCUCAGCCCCAGUAAACUUUCCUGCUGGUGUGUCGGAUCUUUUUUUAUUCACCAGGUCCUUAUGACGAUCUUUCAACUUUCAACUGCAUCAUCUUUCAACACCAAAAAAUCAAACGAUUUUUACUACCAAUGUAAUCCCAAAAUUUCAAUAUCGAAUUUAUCAAUCAACACUCCAUAGCACAAAUUUUCAAGCGCCUAGGGCCCUCUCUCGACCUCUUCCAACAUGCGUAAAGGACCUCGUCCGCAACAGCCUGAUGAUUCAGAAGCCUCAAGUACCAAAGAGAAAGGGAAUCCAAUUUCAACGCCAGCUGCAAACGGGAAAGGCAAACGCGUGGCAAGCAGUGCAGUUAAUGCAAAUGUAUCGGGCGCAAAUAGCACACCCAAUGCAUCUGCUGUUAUAGCAGGAGCUGCGGGAAAUACCAAUACCGACGGAAAUUCUAAAAUACAAUGGUCAGAGUUCGACGCAUCGUUUUUGCACAGGUAUCGAUACGAAUACGGAUUAAAUACACCUGCUGCCUUCAACAGUGCAUACAAUCAAACGGUUCUCUCUCAAUCGAGUAUUGGCCGCAUGUCACCAAGCAUGGUUCGUAAGAAUAAGAGGCAGAGCAAAGAACAAUUGGCCAACGCUGUACGCAAGCACUUCAACAGUCAGUCGGUCAACGAAAAUGAAUGUGUAGCCAAGACCUUAUAUAAAGUUCGAUAUCAGGACAAGAAAUUUCGCAUGAGAUUUAUGCCACAGGCGCGACCUAUGGAGCGAUCUCAGCCUGAACGACCCGCCUAGUCUAGGUACACACAACAAUUUGUGAGCAACUUGGCUUCAAUUCGAUUGAUAUUCAACGACUAUCAUCCUAAUUUAAUAAUACAACGAGCAUACGACGGAGGGGAACGAAUGGCUGGUGUUAUAAGGAUAAUCGGGUUAGACUUGUAUAAUACUUUGUACAGAGCACUUUACGGAGAGCCUUUUCAUUCCAGGGAGUUGGGGUUUACGAGCUUUCACUGUGGAGUUUAUUAGUUAUUUAAAAUAAUGACUGUCAUGACCAAUGGACAAUAGAAUGGAAUGAGUACUUCAAACUACCUAAUCAAUUCAUCUAUCAAUGGAGAGACUUUUGUUUUGCAUUUCAAAACUUUUGGUAACUCUCAGCCUUGUUGCGAUUUGUAAUAAAUUACUGGGGUCAAUUACGCUCAGCC